AUGAUAUCAGCCCACGCUCCCUUGGUGUCUAUCAAGUCACCGACUCCAACUCGCCGAGCCUCCACUAUUCAUGAGGACCAAAAACCUCAGAUUGAGCAGGAAGAUGAUGCGGCAGCCCGGAUGCGAUUGAAACGGAAGUUGCAGAGAAACAGAACCUCGUUUACACAAGUCCAAAUUGAAAGUCUUGAGAAAGAGUUCGAACGGACCCACUAUCCAGAUGUAUUUGCCAGGGAGCGACUUGCACAGAAAAUUCAACUUCCAGAAGCCAGAAUUCAGGUAUGGUUCUCGAAUCGGCGGGCCAAAUGGAGGAGGGAGGAGAAAAUGCGCAGCAAACGCUCAUGCGGAACCAUGGAUUCUUCGUCGUCCAACGGACCGCCGACGCCAAAACCACAAGGAUUAGUGACUGGAAGUAACAUGUCGAAUUCGAUAGGAUCACCAGCCAGCACGCCGAAUCGAUUCCCAUCGAAUAAUUCGGCGAAUUUGCCGACGACGAACUUUGUGCCGCCGCCAGCCCAAAUGUACAACGGGCUCAGUCAGCAAGCCAUGGAUCCAUACACUUUCGGCUUCGCCAACGCCGGCCUCUCAAUGGCGCCAUACCAGCCACCUGCUGAAUUCCAAACGCAUCACAUGUUCCAACCGGGACGCUCGCCAUAUGACCCAUUCCAUUAUGCCCGAGUGCAAACCAACGGACAUGGAUUCCAGCAGUCGAUGAGUCCAGUGACAACGUCGGUUGGAGAUAUCCCAACCCUAACUUCUGGUAUGAGUCUGCCAGUGUCGGCGGUGCUCAACUCCAUUGACCAAUCGCUAAGCCACAGCCAAAUGCACGAGCUCAACGACAUUGCACAAGUCCAUGAGCACUACUGGAGAGCUUAG